UGAAAGCAGAACAUUGAAUUGGACUAUUUCUGCCAUUACUUACGUACAGGUUAAGUCUAAGACGGUUGCACAAUGUGUGGAAUACUAUUAUACCUGGAAGAAAAUCUUGCGUUUGGGACGGAAACACAGAACGCGUUUAGAGAAGAAAAGAGAGGAGUGCCUGACAAGCGGAGAGGAGGAAGUGUUAGAGGAAGAUGAGGACAUUGAAGAAGACAGAAAGGAAGAGAGGGAAAUGCAGAAGUCUCCUGAUCCACCAGCUAUACCUCUUGUUGGACCUAUAGAUCUGCCUGCCCUUCAGAGUCUUUCACUUUCUUCGUCCUCCUUCAUCUGUGAAAUGCCAAACUGUGGCGCUGUGUUCAGCUCCCGUCAGGCGCUGAAUGGCCACGCUCGCAUUCACGGGGGUACGAACCAGGUGACAAAGCCACGGUGCACCAUUGCAGGCACGAAGCAGAAAUGUGGUACGCAGAGCGGGUACUGCUCCAUCAAGAGUUCACCUGCCCACAGCACAACAAGCGGUGAGACCGACCCGACGACGAUUUUUCCUUGCAAGGAGUGUGGCAAGGUAUUUUUCAAAAUCAAAAGCCGCAAUGCUCAUAUGAAGACUCACAGACAACAAGAAGAACAGCAGAGACAGAAGGCUCAGAAAGCCGCUGUGGCAGCAGAAGCGCCAGCCGCUAUUGCGAGAACUACUGGGCCAGUUGGGCAUCGUUUGAUCCCUCUGGAUCACAUGAGUUUGGUUAAACAUGUUGGAAAUGUGGGUGACAUUGAUGACGAUGUUGUUCAGGAGCUGGGUGAUGUCAUGGAAGAGAAUGAAGUCAUGGAUGCUGACCUUUUGUUGGAUGAUGAAGAUGCAGAUCUACUGCAGGAUGAUGCUGAGUUGUAAAUAAAGUUGUUUGAUAAAGACAGCUACUGAGCACACCCUGAAUGGAUCAAUCAGGAAACCUGGACUGCUCGUUUAUUCCCCACUGAUUGUAAACUACCUGUUGAAAAUGAUAAUCCUUCUAUCCAGGUCUAGAAAAAAAAAAAAAAUCUCCUUUUUUUUCUUUUUUUUUUAUUAAUUUGUGUUUUGGAGGAAAAAUAAAUAAUUGGUACAAAUAUU